AUGGGCGACAAUGUCACCACCGAGAUAAAGGAGGAAGCACCCUUUCCUCUCACAGACGUAGACAAGUGGGUGCUCUCACAGACGGACGAGGAAUUCAAAAAACAUGACUGGCAGGACUUGAAGCAAUUAAUUGAAUCCAACAAUCUUUCAGUUCUCAAGCGCGUGCCCUCAGAUUUAAAACGCUACAUGAAAUGGACAGCCGAGACGAAAGCCCAGUACGGAAGCAUGACACAGUAUCUCCUCGCUAAUCGACUUCCUAAAUCAUGGGGACAGCCGCCGUUCACGCCUGAAUCCACUGUGCCAUUUGACAAGGAAGCAGAUUACAAAGUCUUAUUGAACGACUGGCCGUAUGGACUGGAGCCUAAUAUCACGCAUAUUGUGGUGUGGACACGUACGUUUAUUGCCACGGAUGGCGAGCGAGGAGAUAUGACGCCCGAGAGUAGAGAGCUUGUUAGGGACUUUGUGAAGAGGUAUUUUGUCGAUUCGUUGGGGGAGGGUGGUGAGGAUAGGGUGCUGUGGUUUAAGAAUUGGGUUGCGUUGCAGAGCGUUAGGUCGCUGGAGCAUAUUCAUGUGUUGGUGAGAGAUGUGGAUGAUGAUAUGUUGGAGCGGUGGACUGGGGAGAGACCUAAGAGGAUGGUUUGA